AUGGCGGAAAGCAUACCGACGCAGAUCGCGGAGACGAUCCAGACGGCGCACAUACAGCGGGCGCCGUCGCCGCGCCACGACCUGAACCCGUCGUCGUCCAUGUCGGAGAAGCGGCCCGUGCGCUUGUCGUCGUCGUCCCGACAUCACCGCCGACGCAGCCACGAUAGUAUUGAUGAUGUGGAUGACAUAGACGACGGAGAUGACGAGGAAGAGGACGACGAUGAGGAUAUACCGAUUAGCGUGCUGAGACCCCGGCCUAGGACGCGCAGUUUUCCGCCGAUGCCGGAUUUAAGGUUCGAGCAGAGCUAUUUGCAUAGCAUUUCGAAGGCGGAUACGUGGUGGAGGGUCGGUUGGAUUACGGUGCGGGAUCAGAUCAUGAUGCCGUUCGCCCAGGGCGUCCUGUACAACCUCGCGAUCUGCGGCUGGCAUCACUGGAACAAGAACGCGCGGCUCAGCGGGAACUCGACCGGCGCGCGGCUGCGGCGUUGGUGGUACGGCGUGAACAAGUGGCCGCUGCCGGCGUCCGCCAAGUCGUCGCAGACUCAGGGACGUAGUAGACAGGUACAGUUCUUGACGACACAACAACAACAGGCGAAGGUGAGGUGGUGA